AUGGGUCAGAGAAGGAGAGAUGUCAAGGCACAAAUACACACACAUCAGCCCUGCACGUACAUUCCACACACUGUGAACACACCAGGGGAGGAGAGUGUGAAGCACUGUAUCUGUAUGGUGUCUGAUUUCUUCUACCCGAACAUGGGCGGAGUGGAGAGUCAUAUCUACCAGCUCUCCCAAUGCCUGAUUGAAAAGGGACACAAGGUUGUAAUAGCAACGCAUGCCUAUGGCAGAAGAAAGGGGGUGCGGUACCUUACCAAUGGACUGAAGGUUUAUUACCUACCAUUGCAGGUGAUGUACAACCAAUCCACAGCAACAACCUGUUUCCACAGUCUGCCCUUGUUGAGAUGUGUGUUUGUGCGUGAACGUGUCACCAUUGUACACGCCCACAGCUCAUUCUCCGCCAUGGCCCACGACGCACUGUUCCACGCCAAGACCAUGGGUCUUAACACCGUUUUCACUGACCACUCACUUUUUGGAUUCGCUGAUGUCAGCUCCGUUCUGACCAAUAAGCUACUGACUGUGUCACUGUGCGACACUAAUCACAUCAUAUGUGUGUCCUACACCAGUAAAGAGAACACCGUUCUGAGGGCUGCCCUUGAUCCUGAAAUUGUCUCUGUUAUACCAAAUGCCGUCGACCCCACUGACUUCACCCCAGACCCCAGUCGCCGAGAUGACAGCAAGAUCACAGUGGUGGUCGUCAGUCGGCUUGUGUACAGGAAAGGGAUUGAUUUGCUGAGUGGCAUUAUCCCAGAGCUGUGUACCAAGCAUCCUGAUCUCUGCUUUCUGAUUGGUGGAGAGGGACCAAAGAGAAUCGUCCUGGAGGAAGUCAGAGAAAAAUACCAGCUUCAUGACCGGGUUCGUCUGUUAGGAGCACUUGACCAUAAAGAUGUGAGAGAUGUUUUAGUUCAGGGUCAUAUCUUCCUCAACACAUCUCUGACUGAAGCUUUCUGCAUGGCUAUAGUGGAGGGAGCUAGCUGUGGAUUACAGGUGGUAAGUACACGUGUUGGUGGUAUUCCUGAGGUCCUCCCAGAUGAAUUGGUAACAUUAUGUGAGCCGACCGUUCGCUCUCUUUGUGAGGGCUUGGAAACUGUCAUCGCUAGGCAACGCGCUGGCCAGGUUCCUUCCCCGGCAACCAUCCACCAACAGGUGCGCACGCUGUACACUUGGAGAAAUGUUGCAGAACGCACGGAGAAGGUAUAUAACCGCGUGUGCAGACGGCCUACUCUCUCUCUGUCUGCUCGACUGCAGCGGCUGCAGUCCCACUGCGGCCCAGUGGCAGGUUCCCUUUUCUCUUUCUUCGCCGUCAUCGAUUUCCUCAUCCUGCUGCUGCUCCAGUGGCUCUGGCCCAGUGACCUCAUUGACAUUGCCAUGGAUGCAACUGGCCCCCACAGCACCUGGAAACGCCACUGUGACGUCAAAAAAAAAGAAACACAAACACAUUUUCAAAGAAGCAAACAUGCAUUUAAACCAUGACUGCUGACCUCUGACAUUGGAG